AUGACCAAAGCUGCCCCGGAAUUCGCGAUCAUUACCCGGAGCGCUAUCACCAUCACCAUCACCAUCACCACCUUCACCCAAAUCGCGCUGUAUCGGAUGGUGCUCAAGCUGCCGAUCACAGAGAAACGAAAGGCGGCGGCGAUCGACUGCUUUACCGCUGUUGACGGCAUGGUCUACGUCGGGGCAGAGACGUUUGUGGUGCGGGCUGAGGCUGCACCGGCCCACGGCAGCUGCGGCGCUGUGAGCGAGCACGGCCCGUGGCGUACGAGCCAUGAUGGGGUGGCUCAUGCUGCUAUUGAUGGUCAGGACGAGGUGGUGAUCAUGGUAUUCCCGGCAGCCGACGACGAGCUGGAGGCGGCGGUGGCGACGCUCCAGGCCCGGUUGGGCGGCGCGGCCCGCGUGGCGCUGACCCCGCCAGGGCUGGGGUCGGCACCACGGGCACUGCUCCGUGAAGUGCGGAUUGGGGCAGUGGCGGCUGUCGGCAUGGACAAGGUGCUUGCCGGGCUCGCCGAGAGUCCAAUGGGUGCACUGGCUGUCGACGUGCGCGCCGGCGUCCGGAAUGCGGCGCGCGAGUUUCACAACGCGUUUGCGUCGUGGGCGGUCCAGUCGGCGCAGGCCGAGUUCCGGCCGCUGUCUACGGCUGGCAUUGACGGCUCGUCGCAGAUUGUGGGCGUGGCCGACACUGGCGUCGACACUAGCUCAUGCUACUUUGCAGACGUGUCCGGCGAGCCCGUGCCGUACAACCCGGCGGCCAACGCGACGGGUGCCAGUGGCAGCUCGCGGCACCGCAAGAUUGUCGGCUACUUUACACAAAAUGGCGAUGGCGGCGACUCGCUCGCCGGGCACGGGACGCACGUGGCGGCGACGAUUUGCGGCGCGGCAGCCGGGCCCGAGUCGAUGGCAGCGGCGGUGGCGGAAAGCGCAAAGUUCAACGGGAUUGCAGCCGGGGCGCGGCUGGUGGUGGAGGACCUGCUCGCCGACGCCGACCAGGCACCGGCCGGGACGGUCGACGGCGGCCACCCGGACGACGUCGGCAUUGAUCCGAGCUACUGGCGGAUCGAGAACUUGCUCGCACGGCAGUUCAGUCUCGGGGCGCGGCUCUCGUGCAACGCGUGGGGCCUGGCAGCGGAUCGGUCGCAGGACAUGGAGCCUGGGACGUACGGCGAGGCUGCGCGGGCUGUCGACAGGUUUGUGUGGGAGAAUCCGGACAUGCUCCCGCUGUUUUCGGUGGGCAACGUGGCGGCGGCACAGGUCUCGUCGCGGGCAGCGCACCAGAUCUCGUCUGUGGCAACAGCCAAGAACGCGCUGUCGAUCGGGGCCUCGUUUGCACCGCGCGAGUCGUGGGCGCUGGACCUCUCGCACGACGCAGUGAUGCUGACGGUUGCGGGGCUAGAAGUGACGGCAGUGCCGGGUGAGUUUGGAUCGCGGGUCCCGGUGCCCGAGGGCGUGGCCGGCAGCCUGCGGCUUGCAGAGCCUGUGGAUGGGUGCGGGGUGUAUGCCAACGCUGCGGCCUUUGCCGACGGCAGCAGCUACGCGCUGGUCCGGCGUGGCGGCUGCCGGUUUGUGACCAAGGCAGCGGCCGCGGCCGCGGCCGGCGCCAUCGGCAUGGUUGUGGUGAGUACGGACGAGCGGUACCUCAUCAUGUCCGGCGAUGCUCCCAAACUGGCGCUCGUUGCGCUUCUCGUGCGAGCGUCGGACGGCAACGCCAUGGUGGCGGCAGCCGACGCGAACGGCGGCGCCGUGGCGUUUGUGGCAAGCAGCGCGAGCGAUACAAACGUGGCGCCGAGCGACAUUGCGGUCUCGCUCGGGUACAAGGCUUGGAACUCUGCGGCGGGCCCAUCUGUCGACGCGCGGUUCAAGCCGGAGCUCUACGCACCGGGAUACAAGGUGUUUUCUGCGGCGGCGGGGCCGGGAGCGGCGGCGUGCGGCGCGGCGGCGCGGUUUGUCUCGGGCGGUACGUCGUCGGCCGUGGCUGUCGCGACCGGAACGGCGGCAUUGGUGCGCGACUACUUUGUCAAGGGCUACUAUCCAAGCGGGGCAGCGAGCGCGAGCGGGGCGUUCUCCCCUUCUGCCGCGCUCGUCAAGGCCGUGCUGGUCAACGGGGCGGUCCCGCUGACGAUGACGUACUCGGGCGCCGGGCCGAUGGUGGGCGACGUGACUGACGGUCGCGACUACGUGCCGCUCGCCGACAAGGUGCCGUCGUUCGAGCAGGGCUUUGGACGGCUGAUGGCGUCGGAGAGCCUGCCACUGGCGGACGGGUCGACGCGAAAGCCGUUUGAUCUGUAUGUCAACGACUCUGCAGCGAUGGGCGAGAGCGGCGAGGUGCACUCAAUGUGCGUGCGAGUGGUUGCGGCGGCCAAACCGCUGCGAGUCACGCUUGCGUGGACCGAUUUUCCGGUGGACAUGGUCCAGCGACAGUCGCUCCUGCGCAACUUGGUCAACGACCUCGACCUCGUAGUCUCGUGCUUUUCGGGCCACGACAACACGCAGACGACGUACGCUGGCAACGGACGAAUCGAAGCAUCGUCGCAGGGCCUGUACUGGACUUUUGACACCAUCAACAACGUGGAGACGGUCCGGGUGCCACACCCGGGCGUGGGCACGACGUGCAAGAUCAGCGUUGUGGGCGGGUCUGUGGUGCUCGGGCCGCAGCGGUACGCGCUGGUGGUGAGCGGGUACUUUGAGACAGCGACGUGCGCCGGGACCAACACGUGCAUCGACGGGUGCUACGGGCGCGGGCUGUGUAAUGACGGGGUGUGCGAGUGCCAGUCGCCGUUCAAGGGCAUUGACUGCUCGCUCACUCCGCAGCCGCUCUCGACGAGCGGGCGGGUGGUGACGACCGAGAUCCAAGCCAACUCGUGGGCGUACUACUCAUUCCGAGUGACCGACCUCAGCAUCCCGCUGUACGUGGAAGUGAGGCGGAUGUCGGGCGUCGGCGAUCCAGACGUGUACAUCAAUCCAGAGGAGCUGCCGGACUUUACCCGGGCCGAGUGGUUUGACACGGUGACCGACAACGGGCCGACGCCGAUCAACCACCACGUGAUCCGAAUCGACCCCAGCGAGCUCGACACCAACAAGGUGUACUUUGUGGGCAUCCACGCCUUUUGCUGUGACGACACCAAGGUUGCCAUUGCGGCGCACUCGUCGGCGACGCACUCGCUGAUCCUCAGCUCGUCGGCGGCGAGCGCGGGGCCUGCGGUGGCUUGGCAGUUGGUACUUGGCGCACUCGUCGCGGCAGCGGUGGGCAUUGCAGUGUAGCCGUCGCGUGUGCUACCACGGAAUCUCUUCCAGCUCGGCAAAGAACUUGCCGUUGGGAAUGUCUGGCGAUGACGGAAGGGUGGCGAGAUAGAGCGGAGUGAUGGCGCCGACAGCGGGAGUCUUGGACGAGACUCGGCCGAUGUCGGCAAAGCACGCGGUCAUGUCGGUGUUGAUAAAGCCCGGACAGACA